CUAAAAACAAACUCAAUCUGAGGAAAAGAAAAACAGAGAGAGCUUCCUUGUCCUAAACCAAAAGAUGCGGCCUUUAGACGAGAACGAGACGACCGUCGUCUUCGAAAAGAUCUUCAAAUUUGUGGGCAACAACCUCAAGAACAUCGUGGAGAACCCAUCUCACGAAGGACCCGAGCCAGAGCCAGGCCGCUACUGCUUCCGCCUCCAGAAGAACAGAGUCUACUACGUCAGCGAGUCUCUCGUGAAGCGAGCCACGAACAUCUCCCGUAAAAACCUCGUCUCCCUCGGAACCUGCAUCGGGAAGUACACUCACGCCGGGAGCUUCCACCUGACGAUCAUGUCGCUCAAUCUCUUGGCGGCGAAUGCGAAGCACAAGGUAUGGCUGAAACCCACCUCGGAGAUGUCGUUUCUGUACGGGAACCAUGUGUUGAAAGGAGGGUUAGGGAGGAUUACUGAUAGUAUUGUGCCUGGAGAUGGAGUUGUUGUCUUCUCCAUGUCUGAUGUUCCCUUGGGGUUUGGGAUUGCGGCCAAGAGUACGCAGGAUUGUCGGAAGUUGGAUCCGAAUGGUAUCGUUGUGCUUCAUCAGGCUGAUAUUGGUGAGUACCUGAGAGAUGAAGACGAACUUUGAAAAAAUAAAAUGGCUUUCUCUUUUGAUUAUGCUUCUUGUUGUUUUAAGUUUUGUUUUAGGUUUAAGAUAUGUAACUUGGUGUUGGAUCUUUGAAACUCACGAUUUUUAUUUAUGUGUUUGAAAUGUUAUGAGUAUCCUGUAAACUGGCAAGUGUUGGAAACAGCUUCAUUUGCUUUGGAUUUUAUAGCCCAAAUAUGGUUCAAAAUGUUAUCAUGAAGC